AAAAAGCAGACAAAGGCGUCGAUGCAAUCUGCGUCUAUAAAUGAAUGUCGCGACUGAUCGCGGCGGCGGCAUUCGAACGAAGAUGUUGCACGGUUGUGGACUUGCAACCGCUUCCGUCCUCCUGCCCAGCGCCGGUGGAUGUAUCUUAGCCUCGUGCAGCUGCAACAGCAAGGACCUCACCAACGCCUGGUACACAGGUCUGGAUAAACCCUCUUGGUGCUUGCAGAACCGCAAGCAAUACGCUCCCCUAGCAUUUCUCGCAAACUCCGCAGUUGGCUACGCAUCUUAUCUGGUGUACAAACAUGGCGAAGGAUGCUCAGGUCGUGCCAAAAAUGCGAUGAUCGUUUACGGAGGUCACCUGGCGCUCCGCUGGACCUGGACGCACCUCUUCUGGGGAUCGCGCAACAUAAAAUUGGCCUUCUACGAGAUUCUGGCCGCAGAUGCCAGCAUCCUCCUGACAGCGCACUUUUUCUACCAAAUCGACCGGAAAGCUGCUAUCCUCUUCGCAGUUCCCUCGGCCCUUUGGCUCGGUUAUCUCACCGCUCUCAACUACAUCCUCUUCAAGCGGAAUGCACCUAGAAUUGCAGAAUAAAUGUUAUUAUUUUCAAUCUUUUAUAAUCUUUAAUAACUAAAAAAUAUAUUGUUAAUUGUA